UAAUAAAAAUGGCAUCAAAGGCUGAAUUAGCUUGCGUUUACUCCGCUCUCAUCCUUGUUGAUGACGAUGUAGCGGUGACUGGUGAGAAAAUCUCGACCAUCCUGAAGGCGGCUGCCGUUGACGUCGAGCCGUACUGGCCCGGUCUGUUCGCUAAAGCCCUGGAGGGUGUAAACGUGAGGGAGCUCAUCACUAACAUCGGAUCCGGCGUGGGAGCAGCGCCGGCUGCUGGCGCGGCGCCUGCUGCAGCUGCCGCUGCCCCUGCCGCUGAGGCCGCCAAGGAAGAAAAGAAAGAAGAAGAACCCGAGGAGUCUGAUGAUGACAUGGGUUUCGGUCUCUUCGACUAAAAGCCGUGUUGCUGAUUCCAGUUGUAAGCUUUAUGAAGCUUGUCUAGGGUUAAGAAUAUGACUUUAU